AUGGAGGUGUCCGACGUUUUCAUUCGUAUGGAAACUACCACAAACAGUUACGCACUUACUAAAUCUAUCGAACAGUUCAUUAACAUAGAGUCUCCAACUGUCGUAAGUGUUCUUGAGAGAUUAGAAGAGGAAGGAAUUGUUGGUUUUUACUCUGGCAUCAGAGACGAAUUAGGAUAUCUCUUUUCCAAGACGCAAGCUAUACUUUGGCGCGUAAACCGCCUUCUUUUCCGACGUCUAAAGCUACCGUAUCCUCUAAAAGAGAGGACCCGAAUAUUGUCAUUGGCCUACGACUACCAGUGUGGAUUUUCAUUGGGCAAUCAAGCGAGUAGUAGUGAGUCCUCUGAGCAUGAAACACCGCUCCGUUAUCAAUUUAAGGCUUGUCACCUCGAUUUGAAGCAUUGUGGCUUUCCUGUCUUACAUCGAGAAACGUUCGUAGAGGCUUUGGUUGUUUAUUCCGUCAAUCAUUUUGACGAUUGGAUUCCUCCCACUGCUCUCAAGAAAUACGUAGUAACCGAGGAAGUUCUUUCAUUGUUCCCAACUAAAAGGAAUAAUUCGGAGUUGAUUCAUCAGAGCGAUCUUGAUGCUGCAGUGUCAUUUCUGGAUUUGGACGUGGCUUCUGAAACGUCUGAAUCUGAUUCUGAUUUAAGCAAUGAGGAUGUUGUUGAAGAUCAGAGGUCAGCUACAAAUAGUAUUUCUGUUCAGUCUUAA